CCACCUUCCUCGUUCCAGCAGAAAAAAUAAUUGAUAAAAAAAAACCCAAGUGUUUUUUUUAGGGGUAGAGAGUAAAAAAAAAAUGAAAAAACUAACAAAAUAUCAACUAAAGGUUUGAAAGAACAGAACACACCCACAUACAAAACGACUGAGGGUGUGGCUGAUUAAAAACAUUGGAACAAUACUUGAAAAAAAAAACUCUCAAAGACUUAAAAAAAAAACAAUUAUCUAUCAAUUUUUUUAAAAGUGUUACUACCUGAGGUUUUUUUUUUUUUACCUUAACUGAGAAACAUUAAUAAUGACAUAGUGCGACUGUUAUAAACUUGUGUGGCGAUAAGAAACAGAGAAAGAAGAAGGAAGACUAUUGGAGCAUUUUUUUUUAAUACAUUGUGUCGACUCUUCUACACCUCGAUUGUACUAAACUUCUUUAUCAGGGCCCUUGACUCACUACCAGAUCAGCACCAGAGGUGGAGGAGAACACCUGAGCAGCCAUGGCCAUCACCUUCACUGCCAUAGUCACAACAGCCAUACUUAUAUCCAGUGUGGCCCUGGCCAACGACGCGUCAGAGUGGCCGGAUGAACUACGAGGUGCGCCGCCCAUCCAGUACUCCACCCUCAGCGGCCCUGCCUUCCUUAACUCCUCUUCAAAUUCCGUCAGUGUCGUAGCCGGAGCCACAGCCCUGUUGCCUUGUGGCAUUAGGAACCUCCACAACUACACGGUGUCGUGGGUGCGAGGGAGGGACAUCCGGCUCCUCACCUCCAGCUCCGCUACCUACACGACCGACACACGCUUCGUGGCGGUGAACCCGUCAGGAGGACAGCAGUGGAUCCUGAAGAUACACUACGUCAGGAAAAGUGACGCUGGUGUCUACCUGUGCCAGGUGUCCACCACGCCACCAAUCAGCCUCAACGUCAACCUUUCAGUCCAAGAGGCAAUAGCGAGCGUGUUGCCAGGGCGGGAGGUGUACGUGCAGAGCGGGAGUCGCCUGGAGGUGGUGUGUCAGGUGGAAGGUUGUCCUCCUCCGGCACUGCUCUCCUGGACGAGGGGCGGCCAGGCGGUCCUCACCCCAGAAUCCAACACCUACGACCUGGCCCAGAGCAACGGGACGACGCCCAUCUCCCGCCUCGUCCUCGCACGCCCACACGCCACCGCCUCGGAUUCAGGCAACUACAGCUGCACUUCCACCUGUACUAAGCCUAUCAACGUCACAGUACAUGUGUUGCGAGGGGAGGAAUUGGCAGCCAUGCAGCACCACAACACAUCAGCGCCCGGAGCUCUACCUUGCAGUGCGCUGGCGUGUCUGUUGGCAGCGGCGGCAGUACUGUUACACGGGUGCUGGCCAGUGAGUCUCCUGCUGCUGUUGCCCCGCCCUCACCCUCUCCCUCAGCCUGUUCCUGCUGCCUGGAGGUCCGCCACCCUCCUCUCCCAGACUCUCACAAUUAGCUGAGACGGUGAUUGUGGAGACUGAGAGAUGGAGGAGAGGCAGGUGUACUGACACGAGUUCUCUCCAGGUGAGUACAAGUUUGGCUGUGAUGAUGAGAUCUCUAUACCCUUCUUGCACGGAGAAGCUCACUAACACCCCCCCCCUACCCUUACACCCACAACGUCACGUCACCUUGAUGUUCAUUUUCCAUGAAAGUGAUUUUUUUUUUUUUGGGUCGCCAUUUCAUAAAUUAUGGAUAUGAAUUUCCUAUUUAUAAUCCUGUGGAAUAAGUGUGAAAAAUAAAUAUAUAUAUACUUGGUAUA